AUCAAAGCUUCAAACAAAUCUAAAGUCCAUGUGAAAACAAAAGAGAGAUCCUUCACACAAAGUCAGUCAGGACUCAGGAGUCACGUUUCGAGUUCUGCAUAACACCUGAUUCGAUCAAAAGUCCCGCAUCUGAAUCCCUCUCGUUUCGGAAUUGGAAUCCGUUUUUCUCCCAAUUUCCUGGGGAUCCUUCAGUUUUCUCGUUUUAGCAAUUUCUGAUCCUCUGAGAUUUGGUAGAGCCGAAUUCUGGAUAAGGGUGCUUGGGUUCUCGCAAGAACAUGACGGGACCGCCACCGGAUUUGUCGGUCGAGCAAGAACAGGAUGAUCCAGAUGGGUUCGUCGAGAUUGACCCGAGUGGUCGUUACGGUCGGUAUAAGGAGGUUUUAGGAAGAGGAGCUUUCAAGAAAGUAUACAGAGCGUUUGAUGAACUGGAAGGAAUAGAGGUGGCAUGGAAUCAGAUCAAGGUAGCUGAUCUGUUGCGUAAUUCGGUGGAUAUGGAACAUCUAUAUUCAGAAGUUCAUCUUCUCAAGACUCUGAAGCACAAGAAUAUAAUAAAGUUUUACCAUUCAUGGGUUGAUUCAAAGGACGAGACCAUCAAUUUCAUCACUGAAAUUUUCACCUCGGGAACUUUACGACAGUAUAGGAAGAAGCAUAAGCAUGUUGAUUUGAGGGCAUUGAAGAAAUGGUCUCGACAGAUUCUAGAGGGUCUUACUUAUCUUCACGGUCAUGAUCCUCCUGUGAUCCACCGAGAUCUGAAGUGUGAUAAUAUCUUCAUCAAUGGCAACCAGGGCGAAGUCAAAAUUGCAGAUCUUGGUUUAGCUGCCAUUUUGCACCAAACUCAUUUAGCCCGUAGUGUUAUCGGUACUCCGGAAUUUAUGGCACCCGAGCUUUACGAAGAGGAAUACAAUGAGCUUGUUGACAUUUACGCUUUUGGGAUGUGCUUGCUCGAGUUGGUGACAUUUGAAUAUCCAUAUGCCGAGUGUGCCAAUGCUGCUCAAAUAUACAGAAAAGUAACUUCGGGAAUAAAACCAGCUUCACUUGCAAAGGUCGAGAAUCCUGAAGUCAGAAUAUUUAUAGAAAAGUGUAUUGCCAAAGUGUCUGACCGAUUAACUGCCAAGCAACUUCUGGAGGACCCGUUUCUGCGUUCCGAUGAGUUGGAAGUCAUAAGUCAUCAUCCUCUGCCUUCCAAUACCCGUCAUUCAGAUACCGGCAAUGUAUUGAAUGCAUCGGAAAAUGCUGCUGCAGCUGAGUCUGGUAUAGAUUUGUCAGUACAAGGGCAAAGAACAGAUAUGAACACUAUAUUUCUGAAACUGCGAAUACCCGAUUCCACAGGUCAUCUUCACAACAUUCAUUUCCCAUUCAAUACCGAGGCAGAUACACCGACCUCUGUUGCUUCUGAGAUGGUGGAGGAGCUUGACCUGACUGACCAAGAUGUUUCAACUAUCGCUGAGAUGAUCGAGUCCGAGAUAAGAUCCCACAUUCCAGACUGGGCAUCGAUAGGAUCCAACGAAGAAAAUCCCGAUGGAACUGCUGCAAAUCCAUAUGAUCGUGAAACAGGGGAAGACGAUAAUUCUCCUGCCCCGAGUGAUAAAUCUACCUUGAGCGCGGAGACUAAUUCACCUUAUGCAUUUUCAGUGGAAACACUUCCGUCUGGUAGGACCUACUGCUCUUUGGGCAAAGCCGAAAACGAAAACUCUCUAAGAAAGCAUCAUGCCUCGGAGUUAUCAUCGGAUGCUGGCACCAUUAGGCACGAAGACAGCUUAAACAAACAUGUUCAGAAUGGACAUACUUCAGAUGAUUGCAAGGAAAAGAAGAGUGAUGGAGAUGAGGGCAGCGAAAUGCGAACUGGGAUGGAGAUGGAGAUCAAGAAUUUAGGGAGCAAACUCGAGAAAUUAUUAGUGAAGCACGAGGAGGAGCUGAAUGAGUUAACGAGGAAGCAUGAGCUUGCUGUUUCAGAACUCCUUCAAGAGCUCCCACCAGACACCCUUCAGAAGGUUCUGUCUGUCUGCUGCAAGUCAAAAGUUGUUGAAUUCAAACGCUAGGGCAUGACCAGGUCAACGUUUACUACAAGAAACAAGUGAGAGUUCUAACAAGGGUUUGAGAGUCAAUGCAAAGAUUCCCUCUUUCUUGGUUUGUUUUCUGGGUUUGAUCCGAUUCUUGUCACGGAAACACUAGAAACUUUGUACAGAACAAAGAGGAUAAUCUUGAAUCACUGAGAAUCUCAUAUGGGGUAUUAUCAAAAACAAGUUUUCGGAUUGUUAGUCACUUAAAGGAGGGGUUUGUUUCUCUUCA